AUGGUCACCAGAGUUGUACCCAAGCUGAUGGUCACCAGAGUUGUAUCUAAGCUGAUGGUCACCAGAGUUGUAUCUAAGCUGAUGGUCACCCGAGUUGUACCGAAGCUGAUGGUCACCAGAGUUGUACCCAAGCUGAUGGUCACCAGAAUUGUAUCUAAGCUGAUGGUUAACCGAGUUGUACCCAAGCUCAUGAUCACCCGAGUUGCUGAAGAACCGAUGGACAACCAGGUGGAGGAAGAAGAAGAGACGUACGCGAGGGGUGGUCAUCAAGAAGCAGACACUGGACAGGAUUCAUUUCCAUGUUCGGCGUGUGGGAAGUGUUUCACAUCCAGAUCAGAUCUCAUUAGGCAUCACAGAUGUCACGGCGCAGUGCAGCCUUACUUAUGUUCUGAGUGCGGGAAAUCUUUCAAAGAGAAAUGGCACCUCGUGAGGCACCUGAGACGCCACACUGGCGAGAGGCCUUAUCUGUGCCUGACGUGCGGUCAGUGCUUUAAGCAGAACGCCCAUCUGAAGGCCCACGUUCGGGUUCACACCGGAGAGACCUUCCCGUGUUCGGAGUGCGGGAAAAGCUUUUCGCGGAAAGAGUCUCUGGCGAGGCACCAGCAGACCCACAUGGGGAGCCUGCCGUAUAUGUGCCUGGAGUGCGGGAAGUAUUUCACGCAGAAACCAUCGCUCGUCAUGCACCAGCGAACCCACACGGGCGAGCGCCCCUAUUCCUGCCCGGAGUGCGGAAAAAGCUUCACCCGCAAGUACUCGCUCUCCCUACACCAGAGACUCCACGCAGACGAGGGCUCCUUGUCGUGUUCGGAGUGUGGGAAAUCCUUCGAAACCAAAUCCGACUUCAACAUACAUAAAAGGAUUCAUAGCGGGGAGGCCGUCUUUUCCUGCUCGGAGUGCGAGAAAUCGUUCGUCAGGAAUUCACAGCUGGCGAUACACCAGAGGGUUCACACCGGCGAGAAGCCCUUCUCCUGCCCCGAGUGCGAGAAAAGCUUCAUGAGGAAGUCGGAUCUCGUCGUUCACCGGAGGAUUCACACCGGCGAGAAGCCCUUCUCGUGCUCCGAGUGCGGGAAAUGUUUCUCGGGUAGGGGGCGCCUCAAGAGCCACAUAAAAAGGCACACCGGCGAGAAGCCGUUCUCCUGCUCGGAGUGCGGGAAGCGUUUCGUACGGAAAGACGAGCUUCAGAUACAUCAGAGGAUUCACACGGGAAACCAGCCUUUUUCAUGUUCCGAGUGCGGGAAACGUUUCACAAAGAGAGGGAAUCUCAGUCAACAUCAGAGAACUCACGCCCGCUGA